UGUCUUAUUCUAAUAGUAAUUUUAUUGAGUUGAAGGAUCGAAUGCAAAGAUGAGUAUUCACAUGAUAACAAAUCCAUAGUAUAAGGUUCACCAAACUAUUUUACCCAAAACAUUGAAGAAAAAAAUAACACAAGUUGAUCAUAUCCAUAAUAAUAUUGAUAUAUUAUUAUUAUCCUCCUCACAAAUUCCCGCAACCAUAACGAAGCGAAAAUGGACUCAGAUUUCUCUCGUGGUUACGGGCCGAAUACCGAAUCCGAUUUCGGUUUCGCUUUCAACGACAGCAAUUUCUCCGAUCGGAUUUUGAUGGUCCAGAUUGUUCCGGAUUCCAAAUCAGACGGUGAGGGUUGUUCUAGUAUCGUUGAUUGGGCCCGCAAACGCAAGCGGAGGAGAGAAGAAAUCAACAAAGAAAAUGAUGUGGACGUGCUCACACAACGUGAAGAGGAGGUUUUGAAUUGUAAUAUGUUGGACACAGAAGAUGUUCUUGCCUAUGAGAACCAAGAUGAGGAAGCUGUUGCAAUGGCUGAGGAAUCUCCAUCUAGCAUUGCACAGACCGCUAAUCACCCUGGUGAUGGCGAAGCUUCUAAGAGCACUGACUCGUCCACAAGCAUGGACUCUGCAACUGGGCUUCAAAUUAGAAGUAUACACAUCAGUUCUCCUAUUUUGGCUGCAAAAAGUCCAUUCUUUUACAAGCUAUUCUCCAACGGCAUGAGAGAGUCAGAGCAGCGGCAUGUUACUGUACAAAUCCAUGCCUCAGAAGAAGCCGCCUUCAUGGACUUGCUAAAUUUCAUGUAUAGCAAUACAUUGUCUACGAUAACACCUAGUGCAUUGCUUGAUGUGCUUAUGGCUGCUGACAAAUUUGAGGUCGCAUCAUGCAUGAGACACUGCAGCCGUUUACUGCGGAAUCUUCCCAUGACAUGUGAAUCAGCUUUGCUAUAUUUGGAUCUUCCUUCUAGUGUUUUAAUGGCUGAUGCAGUUCUGCCACUGACAGAUGCUGCAAAACAGUUUCUUGCUGCGCGUUUCAAGGAUAUCACCAAGUUCCAAGAAGAGGUGUUGAACUUGCCUCUUGCAGGGAUUGAGGCUGUUCUCUCCAAUGACAAUCUUCUGGUUGCUUCAGAGGAUGCUGUCUAUGACUUUGUGUUAAAGUGGGCUCGUAUCCAUUACCCAAACUUGGAGCAACGGCGUGAAAUAUUUAGCUCAAAUCUUUGUCGCCUCAUUCGUUUUCCAUACAUGACAUGCAGGAAGCUGAAGAAAGUUCUAACUUGUAAUGAUUUUGAUCCUGAACUAGCUUCCAAGGAUGUCCUGGAGGCUUUAUUUUUCAAAGCUGAAGCACCAUACCGUCAGCGUUCUCUUGCUGCUGAGGAGGGCAAUGCAUCACACCAUCGUUUUGUGGAGCGUGCUUACAAGUAUAGACCAGUUAAAGUUGUUGAGUUUGAACUGCCUCGUCAGCAAUGUAUUGUUUACCUAGAUUUAAAACGGGACGAAUGCAAUAAUCUCUUUCCUUCUGGUAGAGUUUACUCGCAGGCUUUCCAUUUGGGUGGACAGGGUUUUUUCCUAUCAGCUCAUUGUAACAUGGAUCAACAGAGUGCGUUCCAUUGCUUCGGGUUGUUUCUAGGCAUGCAAGAGAAGGGGGCAGUGUCAUUUGCAGUGGAUUAUGAGUUUGCAGCUCGGACAAAGCCAACUGAGGAAUAUGUGAGCAAAUACAAGGGGAAUUACACAUUCACGGGUGGCAAGGCUGUUGGAUACAGGAAUUUGUUUGGCAUACCUUGGACUGCUUUUACUGCUGAAGAUAGUUUAUACUUCAUCAAUGGAAUUCUCCAUCUUCGAGCUGAGCUGACUAUCCGACAAUUAGUGCUUUAGGUACAAUGCAGAAAGCCUUUGCUUACAGCCAUACUGGACCUUUUUAGAUGUCAGGAGGGCUUUGAGAUGUGGAAGAAUGCUAACCGUAAGAUAUUCAGCCAAGGUCUGUUAAAAAGUUUUAAAUUGUAUAUACAGGUUAGAGUCAAGUGCCUAUGUAGAAAUUGCUCUGCGUACCCUGCUGAUGUAAAUGCACUGCUGUAUGUUAACUGAAACUGACUUGCUCAGAAAACUUCUUAUCUGUUGACAUGGGCAAAUUAAUUGAGGGUGACAAAAAAGUUUCAAAACUAAAAAAGAGUGACACAAGUUUUAAA